UGUUUCCGGAAGGAUCGGCGGACGCGCGACGCAAGCGGUGCGGCCACUGCGUUGUCCGCUAAGGUUUUCCCAGGGCGAGCAGACAUGGCGGCGGCUUUUCGGAAGGCAGCGAAGUCUCGGCAGCGGGAACACCGAGAGCGAAGCCAGCCCGGCUUUCGGAAACAUCUGGGCCUGCUAGAGAAAAAGAAGGAUUACAAACUCCGUGCUGAUGACUACCACAAAAAACAAGAAUACCUCAGGGCUCUCCGAAAGAAGGCUCUGGAAAAAAAUCCAGAUGAAUUUUACUAUAAGAUGACGCGUGUUAAACUCCAGGAUGGAGUUCAUGUUAUCAAGGAGAAUAAGGAAGAAGUCACUCCUGAGCAGCUGAAGCUCAUGAGGACCCAGGAUGUCAAAUAUAUUGAAAUGAAAAGAGUUGCAGAAGCUAAGAAAAUUGAAAGACUGAAGUCAGAGCUCCAUCUGCUGGAUUUCCAGGGGAAGCAACAGAAGAAGCAUAUAUUCUUUUUUGACACCAAAAAGGAAGUUGCACAGUUUGAUGUUGCGACUCAUCUGCAGACAGCCCCGGAACUAGUUGACAGAGUCUUCAAUAGACCUAGGAUAGAGACCUUGCAGAAGGAGAGGGUGAAAGGAGUCACCCAUCAGACUCGACUCAAGCGAAUAGCUAAGGAGAGGCAGAAGCAAUAUAACUGCCUGAAGCAGCGGAUUGAACGGGAGAAGGAAUUGUUUGUCACCGCUCAGAAAAUUCAAACACGCAAAGAUCUUAUGGACAAAACCCAGAGGGUGAAGGUGAGGAAAGAAACCGUCAACUCCCCAGCCAUUUACAAAUUUGAGAGUCGUCGAAAACGUUGAUGUGUUAGAGGGAAGCCUCAUCAUUCUCCACCGGAAGUCGCUGCAUAGGAUGCAUGUUUCGUGGUGGCUUCUGGCUGCAUCAGUCUGCGGGACAUGGUUUUCCUAUUUGUAAGCGUGAUUUACUGUCAGGUUGACAUCUGAUAGCUUUCUGUGAUCAACAUUAAAACCCCUGUUGUUUCUGGGUUGCGAGACCA